UUUUUCACUCACAAAUAACACCGAAGCAAAGUUCGUGCAAAGAUGACAAGCUUUAGCAUCCUCAUGGUGAUAGCCCUAUCCUUCACUAGAGCACUCUCAGAACUAUGCAACCCACAAGACAAGCAAACCCUACUCCAAAUCAAGAAAGAGCUUGGCAACCCAACCCCCCUCUCCUCUUGGCACCCAACAACUGAUUGCUGCAACCACAGAUGGUCAGGUAUCUCAUGCGACACACGCACCAAAACAUACCGCAUCCACGAACUCCAUCUCAUCAACCUUAACCUCCCCAAACCCUACCCUAUUCCCUCCUCCAUCGGAAACCUUCCCUACUUGAACACCCUUAACUUUGACACCAUCCCCAACCUCGUUGGCCCCAUCCCCCCCUCCUUCGCCAAACUCACCUACCUCCAUUAUUUCUACAUCACUCACACCAACGUCUCCGGCCAGAUACCCCAUUUCUUGUCCCGAAUCAAAACCCUCGUCACCAUCCAAUUCUCCCACAACCAACUCUCUGGCACCCUCCCCACUUCCCUCUCUUCUCUCCCUAACCUCGCCGCGGUCUCCUUCGACCGCAACCGCAUCUCCGGCGCCAUCCCCGACUCCUACGCCUCCUUCUCCGGCGAAUCCACGGUGUUGUCGCUCUCCCACAACCGCCUCACUGGGAGGAUUCCGCCGAAGCUGGACAUUGCGUUCAUGGACUUGUCUCAUAACAUGCUGGAGGGAGACGCGUCGUCGGUGCUGUCGAAUAACAAAAACAUGCAGGUUAUGAUUCUGGCGAAGAACAUGCUUGCUUUUGAUUUUGGGAAAGUUGUGUUGCCGGGGAAGUUGGAGACCUUGGAUCUGAGGAACAACCGUAUCUAUGGGACGCUGCCUAAGGGACUCGCGGCGCUUAAGCAUUUGAAGAUGUUUAAUGUUAGCUACAAUAAUCUGUGUGGUCAGAUUCCACGUGGUCGCAACUUGCAGAGAUUUGACGCGUCUUCCUACGCUCAUAACAAGUGCUUGUGUGGCUCUCCUCUUCCCGCUUGCACUUGAUCUCCACUUUGGACAAACUAGAUAGGUAUUAUGGCUAUGGAUGCAUGGAUAAUGUGUUUCUCCUUCCAGUUCCACUUACGUGGUUUUAUGCUGUAAUUAAUCCAACGUUAACCUAUGUUUUCAUGAUAUAAUAAUAAUACCUAUUCUAAUGUGGUGCAAA